UUGUGCAUUUCGCUACAUUCUCUCGAGUCCAAAAAGACUAAUUUCUUUCCUGAAUUCUGCCUGGUUGAAUGACAGCCUCGUUUUCAGCAUUAACAUUAACAGAGCAACACUGGAAAACAUGAAAGGGUUUCGCUAACUUUGUUACCGAGCGGAGAAGAACGAGAAAAAAGAACAAAAAAAAAACAAAACAUCAAGAUACCUGGGCGAGAGCCUAGCUGCCUGAGUGUACGUGGAAGAAUUGAACGUGCAGGAGCAAAAACUGAGCGGUGAGAUGCUAAGCAUUAAGGAGGCUACAGCAUGCUGUGGGAUGGAUGAGGCGGAACAGAACCGAUAUGUGUCUCAGCUCAAGGGUGUGUUUGACAGCUGUGACACUACCGGCACUGGGUACCUGGACCAGGAGGAGCUGACAGAACUGUGUCAUAAGCUCCACCUCAAGGCUCAUGUACCUGUGCUGCUGAAGACGCUGCUGGGGACUGACCACUAUGCCAGGGUAAACUUUGAAGAAUUUAAAGAAGGCUUUGUAGCAGUGCUGUCAAACUUCCUAGAACUCAGCACAUCAGAAGAGGAGAGCAUCUACCUGGAGCCAGCAAUCCCAGAAGAGGUAAAGCCCAAAUAUGUCAAGGGAACCAAGCGGUACGGCCGUAGGUCUCGGCCUGAACCCCCCGACUCGGAGGUGGAGGUCACAGCAGAUUCGGAGCAGCCGCUUCCCUACAAACCCACCCAGACUGAGCUGCUCCUGCCAGGCAGCAGGAGAGCUCAGCAGAGGCGCUACACGUCGCUGGAGAGCGUGGAGAGUCUCAAAUCAGACGAAGAGACGGUCAGUGGUAAAGAACCACAGAAUGAGACGUUCGAAGCACAAGGCCAGAUGAGAACAUGGAAGCCUGACGUGCUUGACAGUCCAAGGCAGACCUCCUGUCCCCGAGUGGACACCGCCGAUGUCUCAGACAGCCAGAUGCAGGUCAUCUGGGCGGAGCUGGGUGUGGGGGACAGUGGCUACCUCAACAGACAGGAGCUGUCUGUGGUCUGUGACCACAUCGGUCUCACUGACCUGCAUGCUGAGGAGCUAGACAACCUCUUCAGGCAGCUGGAUAAAAACCGUGAUGGCAGAGUGAGCCUCCGUGAGUUCCAGCGAGGGCUGUUCCGACACUCCCCUCUGUCUGCACCUGCCUUCUCCACCCCCUGCAAACCCAAAGUCCUGCGCGCUCUCCAUCAGGCUUUUGAGGAAAGCCCUCACAGAACAGCCACACCGUCUCUCCUGUGCACAAUAGCAGGGCCCCAUCUGCUCUCCUGUAUUAACGAUGGCACUGGGUAUGUGAAUCCAGAGCAGGUCAUCAGCAUCUGGCGAGAGGAGGGGAUCUCUAACAGCAAAGAGAUUCUGCAGACUCUAGAGUUCCGCCUUGAUGAGAAACUGAACCUUUCUGAGCUGACCCUUGCCCUGGACAACGAGCUUCUGGUGUCCAGAAACGGACUCCACCAAGCUGCUUUGGUCUCCUAUAAAAAUGAAAUACAAUUUCUGCAGGGGCAAGUAGAACAGAGCUGCAAAGAGAGAGACCAGGUGAAGGCAGACCUGGAGAAGGCAGAGAAGAGGAGCUUGCAGCUGGCCAGGGAGGUGGACGAUCGCCGUGCUGCCAUGGAGCACCUGAACGAGAGCAAAGUCAAGGACCUUGAGCAGGAGUACAAAGAGAAGCUGUCAACCCUGAGAACUGAAAUGGACAAGGAGCGAGAGCUGAUCAUGCAGCAGGCGAGCAAGCAGAGAGCCAAGCUGGAAGAGGAAAUCGAUUUGCUGCACGCCAAUGACGCCAGCCUCCGGGAGGAAGUCACCGUGACAACAAAGGAGAACGGUCGCUUGGAGAAGGAGGUUGACAAGCUGGUGGAAAAGCUGGCAGUUUCCCAGAAAACAGUUUCUAAACUACAAAAAGACAUGAACCACAUGCUGAUGGAAAAGUUUGGUAGCCUGGAUCCGCACAAUACAGAGCUAUUCAAUCAGGAGGAGCGGUUUUCAGAGAUAAUCAAGGAGUUUGAACAGCAAUGCAGGGAGCUGCGGGACAGAAAUGACGAGCUGCAGUCACAGUUGGAGCUGCUGUGUUCCCAGGUACAGGACAGGUCUCGACACUCCCUGAGGAACAACAAGCCCCUUCGCAUUGAGGCUGACAGCAGGGUCCGGCCCACUGACUCAGACUCUGAUGAUGCAGAUAUAGUAAAGAAACACAAGUAUCUCAGAGUAAGAAGGCAUCUACCCACCUCGGGGAGAAAUGGUAUUGUUGCCCAUGAAAAGAAUCCUGCUAACAUUAGCAUUGAAACAGAGAUGGCUGUUGAGCAGAUAAAGGAGAAGCAUCAGCAAGAAGUCCAGGACCUGAAAAUACAGCUGGAAACCAGGGUCAAUUUCUAUGAGAGGACUAUGGAGCUGAUGAAGAGGAGUGUUCAGCUGGAGCGUAAAGACAACGAGCAGGGCUUCAAGAUCGAGAUCAGUGAGCUGGAGGAGCAGAGAGCUGAGCUGGAAGAGAAGUGCGAUCAGCUGCAGGGGGUUAUCUCUGAGCUGAGAGAGCAGCUGCAGAGGCCCGGCCACGGCCAGGACCUGGAGAAGAGGUUCCACCAGGAGAGGGCUGACACGGAGCAGUGCUACGCCAAACAGAUCACCGGCCUUGCACAAAGACUGACCAAGGAGAAGGACCAGCUAGAGCUGGAACUGCAUGAGAAACAUCAGCAAGAGAUGGUGCAGCUAAGGAAAGAAGCUGCUGAUCUCGAGCAAAGGCUGUCCCAAAUGGAAAACCACCAUGCUGAAGCCCAACCCAUUUUGGGGCAGGAAAACCACAAACUACAGAAACUCCAGGAGAAAUCAAGUCAAGAAAAGUGUCAAUGGGAGGCAAUGGAGAGAGACCUCCUUCUGGAGUGCAGGAAAGGAAAUCUGAGAACUGAAGAAAAGAUGAAUGAAAAAGAAGUCAGGAUCUGCAACAGUUUCGCCAUGGAUAAGAAGAUGAUGGAGGAGCAAAACACAGAGCGGAUAAACCAGCUGAACAGUAAGAUUGGUACACUUAAAAAUGAGCUUGAAAAGAUGAGGGGUAUUGACACUCUUCUAGUGCAUUCAGAAGAGACAGAAGUUAUUCUAGAGAAUCGCAUUGCAUUUAUUAAAGACCAAGCUGGUUUAAUCAAAGAGCUGACUUCUGAUCUUAAGUUAAAGGAAGAGGAGGUAGAGGUGCUGAAGAAAAGAAAAGAUGACCUCAGUCUUAAAUUACAACAGAAAGAAAAUUUGACUCCAGUACAGGCCAAACUGUCAGAGCUUAAAGAAAAACAGAAGGUUGUGGAGAAUUAUAGUCAUCAGAAUAAAGAGUGUCAGCAGUUACAAACCCUGCUGCAGGCGCAGGAAGAAGAUGCAAAGAUGCUGAGGAAGAAGGUGCAAGACUUGCAUGAACACUUGAAAAACAGCAGAGACGAGGUGAUCCAACUAAAAGUCAGACUGAAGUCAGAAGAGCAAGACAAGGAGAGAAUUUUUGAAAACUUAAAAAAUCUAAGUAGCUGGUGUGAGCAACUGAAAGUCCAGCUGAAAACACAAGAAGACGUUUUAACACUGCUGAGAAGAAAGGAACAAGACCUACUAGGCGAAUUAAAGCAGAGAGAACUUGAUGCGGUUGAGCAAAAUUCUAAAUUAGAAUUUGAGGUGAAAGACAAGGAGGGACUUUUGGAGGAGAUCACAAAGCAAGUUCAUGCUUGUCAGCAGUUGUCCUCUGGGUUGGUAGAAAAAGCUGCAGUGACAAAUGAAAAAAUAAAACCCCUGGUUCUUGAGCAGGGGGUCCAGCUAGACUCGGAGGUGAAGGAAAAAGAACAGUUAAAAACCAAACUGAAGGAAAAGCUGGAUAUACUUAAGCACAAUUUGAUGCUGUUGCAAGUUCAUGUGAGCACAAUUCAGCAGUUGUCUGCCAAGUUGAAGGACACAGAAGAAGAGCUGUUCCUCCUGAGAACGCAGGCCGGGGACUUGUCUGGCUUGUUGCAGCAGAGAGAACAAGAGGCACAAACACAGAUACACCAAGUGACAGAAAAAUUUGAAAUGGAAAAACACAAGUUGAAGGAUCAGCUACUUCAGAUGGAAAAGCUGGUAACUAAAUUGGAGGCUGUAUCAGGUGAAGGCAGAACACACAGGGCUCAACUUCAGGGGCUGACUGAGGAAAACUCUGCACUGAAAGUAAAACUUGCCAUGUUCCAGCAAGAAGUCCAGAAACUAGAAGUUGAUGUAAAUAGACAGAGAAAACAAACAGAACAGAGGAAGAGUGAACAGGAGAAGGAGCAAAGUGAAGCAGAACUUCUCUUCAAAGAGAACACAAGGUACAGGAACGAGGUGUUUGAAAUCAGCACCAGGAACCUGCAGCUGAGCAGCGAGAACGCGGACCUGAACGCCAAGCUCAAGGCCGACCAGAGUACCAUUCAGCUGCUCAACGAGAGGCUUGCACAGAUCUCCCUGCAGAAGGAAGAGGAGGCUGUGGUUACUAGGCAACUGCAGGAAGCAUCUGGCAGGCUGGAGAGAGAGCAGCUUCAGCAGCAAUCUGGAUGGCAGAGAGACAAAGAGCUGAUGGAACAAGAGCUGCAAAUAUCUAAAGAAAAGUUGCAGAGGCUGAAAGAAGUGGAGUCUGAAUUUUCAAGUUUAACACUAAAGCAUCAGUGGCUGGAGCAAGACAAGGAAUGUCUGGUUAAAGAGCUUGAGGAACGUAAUGCGAAGAUUGAGAGGUUAGAAACAGCGCUACAGAAUGUUGGUGAUCAGGCAGAUGAGCUGCGCUCUGCACUCCAGGCAGCCAAUCAGGACAAAGGAUCCCUGAUGAAAGAGGUGGUGACAAAGCAGAAGAUACUGCAGGAGGCCGAAGACAAGAUCAAGCAGCUAGAAACGAAUGUACAGCGGCUACGACAAGAGAAAGAGCUGCUACAGACCAGCUACCGGCAGGCUGAUGAACAGGAGAAACUCGCUCUCAGGAAGGAGUGUGGAGCUCUUCAUUCACAGCUGCAACAGUGUCAGCAUAAGCUAAGAAAUUUUGAGCUGAUACAUGCACAGGAGAGUGAGCUGCAACAUGUGAACCAGGAAUGUCAAACACUAAGAAGAAAACAGGCUCAUCUGGAAGCUGAAAUGGUGGAAACUCAGGAUCAGCUCCUGGAGGCCAGCAUGACCCUGACACUGACACAGUCUCAGCACGUGAGGGAGGUGCAGCAGCUGAAGGAGCAGGUGGGAGUGGCGGUGCCCAGGGAUCAGGUGGCACAGCUGCAGAGCAGGCUGGCAGAGGAGCAGCACAGGGGCCAGUGGCUGCAGGAGCAGAUCAACGCCCAGGCAGAGCAGACUAGCAAGCAGAUGGCUCUGAAGCAGGAACAAUACGAGCAAGUUCUGAAACAAAUGGAAGAAAGGAUGGAAGAGGUAGAGGCCAAACUGAAGACUCUGCGAAUGAUACUUCAGGAGAAGGUGAACCAGCUUAAAGAGCAGCUUGCCAAGAAUGCAAAGUCAGAUGUGCUGCUGAAGGACCUCUAUGUGGAGAACUCCCAGCUGAUGAAGGCUCUGCAGGUGACGGAACAGCGGCAGAAGAGCUCAGAGAAGAAGAACUUCAUCCUGGAGGAGAAGAUCGCAGCGCUGAACAAGCUGCUCUGCAAAAUCACCCCAGCAUCGCUCACAGUGUAGCCUGUGUGCUCGUCUGAUACUGUAGCAAUACAACUAGCAGUUACUCGCAUGUUAAAUGUAAAUUACCUUAUUUUUAGAUUGCUGUACAGGGACCACCAUUUAUAUCCCCAGCCCUCCCAACGCACAAACUGUAGCAUCCACCUGAAAACAGCCAGCAAAUGUCUGUCAGGUAACUUUUUUUAUGUGCUAUCACAGGGAUGUAGGAAGCUAAAAAUAGUUUGUCAUGAUUUUAGAGGUUGCAGGCUGUACUGGGAUUGAGGUUUGAAGGAAUGCAAUAUAUUCAGUGUUUUACCAUUGGGGUAUCUGGCUUAGUUGUGUGGGUCAAACAGUGGCUUUAUUAUUGUUUCUUGUAGCAUCAAUCAGUCCAUGUUAAUUUAUACAGGUAGUUUGCAAAAAGCCAGCAGUAUCUUUACAAGUAACCAACAUUAGACCACUGUGAAUCCCAGGGACAUUUGCAUGGGUCCCCUGGGUGUAGCUACUAAGACAUGUGACUUUCUAUCUUGUAUUUGAAAGAGGAUGCUUGAGCAUUGCCUGCUAAUAAUCAGCUAUUGUGGUGGCCAAGCAUAUUUACAUUCAUGUAUGUCUUUUUUUGUCAGAAUGAAAAAAACAAGAAACUCAGAUAAUGUGGACAAAACCCUAUUUGUUACAGCACUAAAGCUCCAGAACUAAACCAAUCAGCUGAAUAUGCAUUUUACAAAGGCACUUUGAAAGAAAACAUAAACACUGAUUUUCUGUGAAAAAAUCAGUUACCUGUCAGGCUUUUAUCCUAUUUUUUUACCCUAUUUUUUGAGAGACAUUACAGUGGUCUUGUGAAAUAACCAAUUCCAUAACAAGAUAAGGUACUGUAUGUAUAAAAUAAAUAAUGUACAGUUUUGAUACAAGAA